AUUAACACUAUGCAUCUUUUUAAACUGUAAUAUUGUAUUGAAGUAUCUUUAAAACCCUCCGGUGUCUUCAGACGGAGCGUUUAUAGCUCACUUUGCAUCGCUUAGCUUCACUUGUGUGAUGCUAACUUUACUGUCAGGCCUGAGAACUUUACUAAAGCUGGAAGAGGAGAUUUACGACAAGGUCGUGGAUCUGACAGAAUAUGCCAAACGACAGAGAUGGUGGAACCGGAUGUUCGGGAAGAACUCCGGCCCUUUAGCAGAGAAAUACUCUGUGGCCACUCAGUUAGCCAUAGGGGGAGUCAGUGGAUGGUGUGCAGGGUAUCUCUUCCAGAAGGUCGGAAAAGUUGCUGCUACAUCUGUAGGAGGAGGUCUUCUGCUUUUACAGAUAGCCAACAAUAGUGGCUAUAUCCAAGUGGACUGGAAGAGAGUAGAGAAGGAUGUCAACAAAGCUAAGAAGCAAAUAAAGAAGGGCACCAACCAAGCAGGUCCAGAGUUAAACACAUUUGUUGAGAAGUCCCAAGUGUUUGUGAAGAAAAACAUUGUCGUCACAAGCGGUUUCAUUGGAGGAUUCCUGCUUGGCCUGGCAUCUUAGGGUCCGCCAAACAAUAACAGUCUGUAUUUCUCUGAUGUUGUGAUAGGGAAACAUUAUAAAUCAUUGCUGGAGGGUUUUAAAAGUAUUUUGACAGCCUAUUUCAGAUUAGCCUGUAGCUAUGUGUUUCUGCACAAGCUGCACAUCCUUUUGUCUACUUUAAUACUGUACAUGUGAUGAGCACUGUCGAUAUAAUGUGGUGGGACUUCUUGGAUAGAGUACUAGAAAAGUAACGCACACCAAGGGUUGUAAUGAGGUGCUGAUCACUGGAAGUAGACGUGAAAGUAGUAAAAACAAAAGUGUUGCACAUUCUGGCUCCAUAUGCAUUUCUCUUUUAUUCAGAUGACGUUUUGGCCCUCAGGCCUUCCUCAAGAUCAACAAUUGAUCCAAGUCUCUGAUAGAUCAGAAUGACCCUCUUAAAAUAUGCCACUUUCCAGGCCAAAUAAUGAUACAUAUCAUGCAAGCGUAAAGGCCAUCAGAAUGUUUUUAUCUAUUUAUUUUUGCUAAACUGUUACCACAAUGAAAGAUGCAUUAUUGCUGCCUUGUUGCACACAAUCAAGCAAACAUAAUGCAGCUAAGUAUAAGUAGAGUUAAAUUCACCUUCACAUGGCAGGUGGUGCCAGUGUUAUAUUUUUCAAUUCCAGACAUGGUAAUGAAUCAUCUUGCUGAUGAAUAUGAGAAUGUUAUGCCUUUUUAGAGUUGCCACAUGUUUGAUGGGUUAUGUCAGCCUCCCCUGCAUCUCUUUUUUUAAUGUAUUUUGUGUAGCAAUAAAUGAUGCAUCAAGUACUGGAAGCUAUGGUUUGUCCACAAUGUAAGUUUGAUGAAGAAAUAAAAAUAACAAAAUCA